GCGGUCGCAGCCGAAUGGAGGAGAGCCGAUUCCGCCUUUGCCUAUACGAUCGAAUGGGUCGAGUUCCACUGCUUCCGUCUCCCUUUCGUCAUUGUCAGGAAAGCUGCCUUCUAUCCCCGGGCCCAAAACACCGACUAACAUCUCAUUCGGGAUCAAGUCACAGUCAACCACGUCGGUGGAUCGCAAGCAUGCAGGUGGGGGAAAACACAAGUCGAAGAAGCACUCUGCCUCGGUCCCUGAGGAAUUGGUCGAAGAAGACACAGAGUUCAAGACAACUACAUUCUUCGACCAUGUUGAUUUUGACAACCUCAAUCCCGAGGAGUUCAUGAGCUUUGGUGCGGUCGGGGACGAGCCUCCUCGUAGCAGCGUAGAUACGCUCGCGACUGGAGCAGAAGCGGGACCGACGGACGAUAUGCCAGGGAGGCUCAGCAUCACGACAGAGAGCAGUGCUGCUCAGGGCAGACCGUCACUCGUGCGGCAGCAGUCUCAGGCUCCGGGCACGGAGUGGGAAGUGCCAGACUCGUGGGCGGUCAUGACCGAAGAGGCGCUGGCGAAGGAGGAAGGUUUGGAAAGCGAAGCAGAGGAAAGUGACGAAGAGGAAGACAGUGGUGAGGCCGGGAUCGAGCCUGUGGAGAAUGAUUUUACCUGGGAUGAACGCGAUGGCAAGAACUGGAUGGAAGAGGUGGAGGACAAGUACGUGCUCCGGGUCUAUCGUCCCAAUGGCUCGUGGCAUGUCGUUUCUUGUCCAUUGACGGCAACCGCAUACGAUAUUCGGCAGUCGAUGGUCACACGUUUUGGACUUGAGAAUGAAGGCAUGAUUGGUCGGUACAGGUUCUUUAUUGUGGAAAAGGGUCGAGAGCGCAUGUUGAUGAAGAAGGAGAAGCCACUGGUCAUUCUCCGUCGCCGCCUCCUCACAGCGGGAUACACAAAGCUCGACAAGCUAAAAGCACAAGGCGGGCGAGAGCUCCAACAUCUCUGCAGCUUCGUGCUGCAGAUGUCGGACCUCCAUGGACUGACCCAGGAGUAUGACGGGAUGUUCGACCAUAUGCAAGGCGAUGUCAAGCUGGAUGAGCUCAAUCUGCAAACGAUCCCGGCACAAUUGCACAAAGUUGCCCCGCACCUUGAACGGCUUUCGCUCAGGCACAACCCCAUCACCGACCUGCCGAAGGACUUCUGCAUGGCCACCACCCACCUGAGAGAACUCAACCUUUCCCGGACAGCUCUCAAACGCCUGCCGGCGGCGAUUUCCUUCUGCACCAGUUUGACCCUUCUCGACGCAUCAUAUAAUCGGAUCACAACUGUCAACAUGAAUUAUGGAGGACUCCAGAAUCUGGUGCACCUGAAAGUUCUCAAGCUGCACGCGAAUCUGUUGACGGACCUUUCCUCAUCGAUCUGCGACCUUCCCGUAGAAGAAUUGCGACUGGACAUGAAUCGCCUCACGCACGUGCCUUCGGUCGUGUGCCGCUUGCAUCUUUUGAAGCAGCUUGUUCUGGCCGACAACGAUAUCAAGAAGCUCCCAGCAGGUAUUGGUGCUCUGACACAAUUGGAGAUGCUCGUCCUGGCGCGAAACGACCUACAAGAACUCCCCAACGAGUUGCGGUACUUGGCCUCUCUGAGGACACUGGAUAUUGCCAGGAACCAGAUCAAGGACAUCUCUGUAAUCUCUGCCCUGCCUGCCUUAUACACACUCGAGGCUGCAUACAACGAUGUCAAUAUCAUACCAGAACGGCUGCCGAAGAAGCUCAAAGUACUCAACCUCCAAGCCAACACGUUCACGCGUUUCAAUCCCAGUCCGAAAUCCUCCACCAAUCGAGGGAUACUUCGUAGGCUCGAUUUGUCUCACACCAAGCUUUCUUCCCUCCAACUGGACUUUGGCGUCUAUCCAGAUCUUGAGGAGUUAAUCCUCGAUGACUCCCGUAUUGGCGAACUGCCACCCACAGUCACAAAGCUCAAAAAGUUGGCGAGGCUAUCAGCAUGCAAUGCCUCUCUCAAGCAUCUACCCGAUACACUGGGAGACAUGGAGCGCCUCUCAAUACUACUGGUUCACAGUAACGAUCUGACAGCUAUUCCCGAAACCAUCUGGAUGUGCUCACACUUGGUGGUAUUCAACGCGAGCUCUAACAAGUUGACUGGAUUCCCAACGUCUCCAAGCGGAGGUGAACCGCCUUUGGUAAAGGUGCUUAAGGAGCUCUAUCUGGCGAAUAACUUUUGCGACGACUCCGUGUUGCUGCCCAUAUCGAUGCUCACCCACCUUCGCAUUCUAAACUUGUCUUAUAAUCCUCUCCGAGGUAUUCCUGACGAAACUUUGAGCCAUCUCACGCAUUUGGAGGCACUGUUCCUGAGCGCAACAGAAUUAAUGGCAGUGCGAGCCGAGGUUCUGCCACCAACAGGCGCCAUAAGACGACUCUAUCUCAACGGCAACUACUUGCAAAGUUUGCCCCUUCAGAUCGUCAAAUAUGAACACAUGCAAGUCCUUGAUGUGGGUAACAACUUAUUGAACUACAACAUCAACAACACUGGGUACGAUUAUCAGUGGAUAUGGAAUCAGAAACUGAAGAUGCUGAAUCUGUCUGGAAACAAGUUGCUCAAAAUCGAUAAACCGCCAUCCAACCGUCACAGACCAGGUAUUAACGCGGCCGAUUUCCGAGUGCUAAGACAGCUCGAAUUACUUGGUCUGAUAGAUGUCACACUUGCUGUAACUUAUCUCCCAGAGGAAUCAGCUCGAUGCCGCAUACGAACAACUGCUUCUUCACUGAAUGGCAUGCGAUAUGACGUGUCAGAUGCGAUUGACGAGGACCUCAUUGGAUCAUUCGACAUGGUUGUGCCGAAAUAUCGUGGCCGUGCUGACGAAUGUCUCUUCGGAAUUUUCACUCGAGAACAGCCUCUGACAUCCGCAAAGCCCGAAGAGAACAGUCUGACGCGAUUUGUCGUCACGCAUUUUCCAGCCGAGUUCGAGAGACAAUUAGAUUCGGUUCAAAGACAUCCGGAACUGGGUGAAGUGGAGGAUGCCAUCAGGCGGACGUUCGUCAGGCUCAACAAGACUUUCUAUGCGAACGUCGUCAAUAUGAAUAGCAUGGACAUUCCGAUCAAAGCGUCUACUCGGUUAGAGAGUGGAGACCCAGUGGUUCAGCACCCAGAGCUUCAGAAUGUGGCUUGCGGUUGCGUCGCAUAUCUUUCGGGGAGGACUCUGUAUAUUGCCCACGUUGGAAAUGUCGAGGCUCUCUUGGGCAGAGUCGGCGAAAGACUCGAUCUGGUAACCCGCGCACAUGUGACCACUGAUACACGCGAAAGGGAACGCAUCAAGACCUCCGAGGCGCGUAUCGCCCCUCAAGGCAUUUUGAGAGGAGAAUCGAGGGUACCUCGCGCCUUUGGCUUCUUCUCCAAGUUCCCAGUGAUUAAUUCGAGCCCCGAUAUAAGAAAAAUACAGUUAUCUCCAGAUCACCAAUUCAUCAUUAUUGGCAACGCCGAAUUUUGGAGUUAUGUCAAGAAGGAUGUCGCGGCCAAGAUCGUCCGUAAUCAUCAUCAACGCUAUGAUGGUAUGUCGGCAGCCCAAGCCCUGCGAGACCUUGCACUCGGUCAUGGCGCUUCGAGCCGUCUGCAAGUGAUGGUGGUUAUGCUGUCUGAUCUAUUCCCCUCCCAUAUGGACAUGGCAAACCUUCGUCGUACUGGUGGAUCAACCAUGACUUUGUUUCCCCGAGACAAGGCGCAGGACGGCGCGCCGACAGGGAAUGUCGUUCUGGUUUUCACCGACGUUCGCAACUCGACCGCACUUUGGGAGCGACUCUCUGAAAGCAUGCAUCAUAGCUUGGAUAUCCAUAACAAGUGCAUGCGUCGAAUGAUCCGGUUAUGCGGUGGUUACGAAGUCAAAACGGAAGGAGAUGCGUUCAUGAUUGCGUUUCCAAGUCUGUUGGGUGCCGUGCGCUGUUGCUUGGAAGUCCAGGUUCAACUUCUCUUGGAGGAUUGGCCUGCAGAUCUUCUUGCAUGCAAGGAUGGGAAGGACGAACUCGAUGAGAAUGGGGAGCUCAUAGAGCGUGGAAUUUCGGUCCGAAUGGGUAUCCACCUGGGCAUCCCUUGGUGGCAUCCCGAUCCAACCACUGGUCGAAUGGAUUACUUCGGGCCGGUCGUUAAUCGAGCAGCGAGAGUAGCCGCUGCCGCCAAAGGUGGUUAUAUCAUGUUGAGUGGUGAUGCUACGGACCGCUUGCAACCCCUUCUGGAGGAUGAUACGAUAACCGCAACGAAUGGAGGCAAGGCUGCGCUUUCGCAGGACGAUCAGCGACAUCUGGAGGUUAUCAAGGAGCUUUUGCCAGUCCUCAUUUCGGUGGGUAAGACAGAUCUCAAAGGGAUCGAACAGCCAGAGUGGCUCACACUCCUUUUCCCGAAACGACUCGUUGGCCGAACACGGCUGGACAAGUCCCAGUCUCCUGAGUCAGGUGUCCCUGGAUCGACGGCGGAUGCUGACCCUCAUGGACCUGGCAUGUCGAGGGAAGGUCUUGUGUCCCUGGCGCUAGUGUGCAGGCGCUUGGAGGCACUGGACUCUGGACAAAUAUUCCGUCUACUGGAUGAGGCAGUCCGCGAUCCAGCAAAGCAAUCAAAUGAGAAGGGUCAGAACGUUAUCUAUGGCCGACAAGAGGAGUUAUUGUCACGGAUUGGGUAUAACGGCAGUGUCCAGGUGGACCAGGUGCUCGAAACACUCAUCAACCGAGUUGAACACUAUAUAUCCCGGCUACGACUGAAAAACGCCUUUGACCGCCCUGAGGUCCGCAAGGUCAUGCUGGAUAGCGGAUUUGCUGCUAGCGAGCUCCUUCACCUUUUUCGGGAUGCGACUGUGUCUUUGCCAGGUGAUGUUAUGCAUUGAUUGAUGCCGCGGCUGAGACUAGAGUGCGCUGUCGCUUCGUACGUAUCUCGUGAUAAACACAUUAGUGGGGCCAUUUGCGGCGACAGGAUCGGCCCCGUAGGCGAACUGCCGAAGUGUCGGAUGUUGCUAGGGGUACUACAGUCC